AUGGAAGGUGAAAACAUGCCCCGAACCAGGUCGGCUACUCGGAUGCGCCUACCACAGGCUGGCCUGCGUGAGGCCAGUUCCGCGACAACCAACUCGCGCUCUGGCAUCAUGGCGCCAGGCACAAUUGCAAACAAGGCUAUGAGCAUGUCGCGUAUGGAAGAUUUUGAAUCGUUGGCGCAACAUGAACUGACAGCGCCGGAAGCAACCCGUCCGAAAACCGCAAACCCGGAAACGAAGAGAUCUGGGCCCGUCACCCGACAGCCUAGUACAACGACCAAGGGGCAUAGCCGGGGCAACUCGUACUCAUCUUCAACCAUGUCCCGGCCGGCCGCUCCUCCGUCUCGCGCAGCCAAUGGCUCCUUCUCCUCAACCGUCGGCCCCGGCACGCGCCCAGCAUCGGCCAUGUCCCGGUACCAGCCCUCCUUCAACGGCCGCAGACCCGUCGGCGCAUCGAUUCCGCGCGCAGCAAGCGCGUUGGAUACCCAUAUGGAAGACGCCUCUCCCAGUGUGCUAGGAAAACGAAAGGGUAUGCUACAAUUUCCCUUAUCUCCCAGUCGUAUUCCUUCUUGUCCCGUUGGAACCGUGUCCCCUGGAUGUAAUGAAGGUUGGAAUGGGAUUGGUGAAGUUGCAGCGCUCUCUGUGUCUGAGAAACCUGUCUCUUUCCGAAGUCCUUCCAACCCAGCAACUAUCCCCGUGUUGCCCAGUACACCAUUUCGGAACGUUCCCAAUGUUACUACCCCAAAGUCCCCUGGAUAUAUGCAGUCUUCCUCGUCCUCUUCUUUUUUUACGGCCCCUACUGCACCCUACAGAACCCCAUCACAUUCCCAGCGACGCGUUGUCAAAAAAUCCUCCCACCCCGCGUUUUUGACCAAAGGUUCCUCGAUCAGAAGUUUUGACAAUAUCACAGGACCGGAAUGGGACCAAGAUUCUCGCGAAAAGAAUAUGGAGGGAUUAAUGCAGACUUUGCUGGAACAGGUAAAUCAGCAAGGUCAAGCAAGCUCUGGUCUCAAGGAGACCGUCGAGAUCUACAAGGCAAGAAUCAGCGAACUCGAAAGCACUCGGGAUCAGGUGAAAGAAGUCAAUAUUACCCAGCGUGUGGAGUUAGAUUUGCUGCAAAACAAGUUACGUGAUGCAGAGCAGGCUCGCAAAGAGGACAAGCGAGACCAUGAAAUUGCUAUGGAUGAUCUUUCCCAGCGCCAGCGUAUUGAAUUGGAUUCACUCCAACAACGAAGCACGAGAGAAAUUGCUGCAAUCACUGACCGACAUCAAGAGGAGGUUCUCAACCUGAAACGACAAUUUGAUCGUGAGAUUGAAGGCGAGAAAGCAGCACGCAUAAACGCGCUCAGCAAGCUAACUUCUCAAUCUGCAAUUGAUAUCCAAAAGUCCCAAACCGAACUGGAAAGAAAGGAGCGCGAGAUUACGACAUUGAAUGAUAGACUGCAGGCCCUGAAGGCGGACCUUGACCGGGAACGAAGAACCGUGCAGGAACUCAGAGUGAACCUGGAUAUUACAAGCAGCAACAGCGUUACCCUAGAGUCAUCAAUUCGUGCACUUAAGGCACGCAUUGAAUUCCUUGAAAGUGGACGGGAGGAGCAAUCUAAAUCUUUUGAACGGUGCAAUCGGGAGAUGAUGGACGCAUUUGCCCAGACAGAGGCGAUUAAGGAGAAGCUGCGCAGGGAAGAGACACUACGACGCAAACUUCAUAACCAGGUGCAAGAGCUCAAAGGCAAUAUCCGCGUGUUUUGCCGAGUUCGCCCUUCGCUUAAUAGUGAACCAGCCUCCGAUCUCACUCUCAUGCAGUAUCCAGACGAAACCGACGAUGGAAAGGAGAUUAAUAUCCUUGGCCCCGAAGAGAAGAGCAGCCUUGGAACAAUUACCCGGAAGAACAACACUUUCUCCUUCGAUCGUGUAUUCAAUCCAUCAACCCAGAACGCCGAGGUUUUUGAUGAGAUUAGCCAGCUUGUUCAGAGCGCUCUGGAUGGCUACAAUGUUUGCAUCUUCUGUUAUGGCCAAACUGGCAGUGGCAAGACCCACACAAUGUCAUCAGCUGACGGCAUGAUCCCUCGUGCUGUUCACCAGAUUUACGAGACCGCGCAAGGUCUGGAAGAGAAGGGCUGGCGGUACUCAAUGGCCGGCAAUUUUGUCGAAGUCUACAACGAAAACCUGAAUGAUCUCUUGGGCAACCCGGAUGAAUUGGACAAGAAGAAGCAUGAGAUUCGCCAUGACAUGCAGCGGGGCAAGACUACUAUCACCGACAUUACAACUGUGAACUUAGAUUCUCCCGAGAUGGUCAAAUCUAUUCUCAAGAAUGCAGAUGCCAACCGCUCGGUAGCAGCGACCAAGGCCAAUGAGCGCUCAUCGCGGUCCCACUCUGUCUUCAUUCUCAAGCUCAUCGGCCAGAACCACAUCACUGGCGAACGCAGCGAAGGCACCCUGAACCUCGUUGACUUAGCAGGAAGCGAACGCCUGAGCCAUAGUGGAGCAACCGGCGAGCGUCUGAAAGAGACUCAAAACAUCAACCGUAGUCUCAGCUCUUUGGGCGAUGUGAUUGCAGCUCUCGGCCAAGGCAAAGAGGGCGGUCACAUCCCGUACAGGAACAGCAAGCUUACAUACCUGCUCCAGUUUUCCCUAGGUGGAAACUCUAAGACUCUCAUGUUCGUCAUGGUCAGCCCUCUCCAAGCGCACAUGUCGGAGACCUUGACCAGCUUGAAGUUCGCCACUAAAGUACACAACACCCACAUUGGCACCGCAAAGCGACAGGCGCGUGUUCGUGACGCCUGA